AUGACGGUUCCCGCAGCAGCGGUGGCUGAGCCGCACAGCGGUGGAAGAAAGCGUGUGACAGGUACCGUUAGCAUUUCUAAACAUUCUUCGAAAUACUGAUAAUGCAGACGGCCAGCCAUCUCAAGAGGCUAGGAAACGACGUAAAGAGGAAGAGAAAGAGAACCGUCGAAAGUUGGACUCUUCGUCGCCCUCUUCGACUUCUUCGCGCGAAUCUUCCAAUACUGCUUCUGACGUGUUUUCUGGCAGAAGAAAGAAGGCUCAACCGGUCAAACGUGACGGAGAUUAUGUGGAACCUGAGGAGAGUGCCACUUACGGUGAGUCUUAUCGAUCGAAUCCUCUGAAUCGUUGCGUUCAUUUCAGAUCAGCUUACAUCACAUUACCGUGUUCAUGGUACAACAGAAAAGCCGCGAUUUCUUCUCAGAAACGUUCGAAAAGGACAGAUUUGCAAUGAAAAGAAGUCUACCAGAAUCGUUCGAAAGGACGUUCCGAAUUUUUUAAAUAAGAUGAUGCAGUCACAACUGGUUAGCUUUUUUUCUUAUUUUCAACGGAACAUGCUUUUUUUUCAGUCUCGCUAUACUACUCAUUUUUCGGCUACAUUCUCGAAGAUCAUGAGCUGGGCAAAUUCUACAGAUCCAGUGAAUGGUAAGCUAGUCGGAUAGUGGAUGUUAACUUUUAAAGAAACUUUCAGAAACGACUUCAACUGCGCACCUUCGCAUCUUCACUCUUCUUCAGAAAAUGAAUGGAGACGUUGCAAUGGUAAGACAGCCUCGCAGUACGGCAAUGUUUAAACAAUGUUCAGCAAGAAAAUGGUUUUUCUAUUCUUCCUGUUUUCGAAAAGACCUCAGUGAAAUCGCUCUUCUCGGAAAAAAUAGUCACCUUGCCCGAAGACUGUGUAAAUGUUUUCAUCGCCGUUGUGGCCACUCGGAUGACUGCGAUUCUUGACAAGAACGACGGAAACAGUGAGAUCGCACGAAUCGCGUCUGCCACUAUUUAUAGAUUUGCAGGACUGCGUUCCCGUGCACAUCUGACCGAAAGUGAACUGAAAGACUUGCAAUACGAGAAGGUCACUGCAAUCGGAUGUCGUCAUAUUUUCCACGACUACAAGAAAAUGAAUCACCUGGGCAGUGGAGUUAAGCAUAUCGUCGUUGUGUAAGAAACAAGCUGUUAAGAAUGCCCUUUAAAUGAACAAAGAUUCCAGCGACACCACUGACGAUCAAUUCAAAGAAAUGAUGAAGGACGACAAAGAUUGCACCAAUUGGAUGGAAAAUUUAGAGUUUCUGAGAAUGCUCGAUCUUCAGAACCAUAAAGUCGAGGUUGAGUACUAGCAUGUUCUUCGCGAGACUAUUGUUUCUUUAGAAUUCUCACUUGCCGCGUGUCUUCUUUUCAACCAACAAGACCUUUUCCGAUGAGGACGAUGAUGAGGAACUGGGCAGUGAAGGGGAUGAAAGGGCGGAGUCCGAAGAGCCACAGAGAAAUCAAGCCUCCACGCAGCCAAAGAUCAGAAAGUAAGUUUUUGUAUGUCAAGUUGAUUGUCAUCCGCUUAAAAACAACAUAUAUUUUCCUGCUGCAGGGUUCCAAUUGCUGGUUUCCGCUGUAAAUUCCGCAAAACUGUCUUCCCAACUUACGCUGCUUUGAAGGCCUCCUGGAAAGCCCGCUACCCAUGUUUCGUGCUCAAAAAGGUGAGAAGUUAGUCACAAUUCCCUCGCAAUUUAAGUAAUUUUCAGAAAAGAGGAAAAAUUACAUACCACGAAAAUAAAGAGUUCUUCCGAGAAGGCGUCUGUAAACACGAAAACUUCUGUCUGGGCCGUCGUACCGGAAAAUCGGCCGUCGUACACUUGGCCGUGAAACCGAAGAAAAAAGUGCCAGUGAAAAAUAAGAGGGUGUGGGGAGCGAGAAACGAAGUGCCAGGCUCGUCCGAAAAAAAGUUUGGGUUGGAUUUUGUGAAGUCGGAUAGCCAAUGCCCAUAUCUUGAGUUUCGUUUCAGGAAUCGGUAGGUGUUUGUGGCCGUGACCGUAGCAACCCUUUCAUUUCAGUAUCAAUUCGGGUGUCCCUCUCUCUGAUGACGUCGAGGAAAUUGGUGUGGAAGAAGAGCAGAUAGAGGAGGUUGUUGUAGAAGAAGCGAACAAAAAAGCUGGUGGUGGCAAAGCUCGCCCGAAAAGGAAGAAAGGGAGGAGGAUUAGGAACGAGGCUUUUCCAAUAAACAAUGCCGCGAUGUAUUCGCAGCUCAAGUUUUACCAGAGAGAUAAUGUACGUCAUGACCGAUUGACGUCAAUCGCUAUAUUCUUCAACAUUAUAUUGAUGUGUUCCUACAGGUUCCUCUCCUCAAGCUGGCUAAUGACAGAGAUGAGAUGCAGGUGAUCGAUCUUCCCGUUACUAAAGAACAAACCGUGCAGUUCAAUAAGCAACUUGCUCUGGCCAAUUCCGAGAAAGACGGGAAGCAAGGCAGACAAAAGCAGAGAACCAACCCACCACGGACUCAAAUUGGAGUUGAUCUUGACGGGCGUCCGAUACCCACAUUCUCAGAGCUCUUAUUCCCGCAUAUCAAGAAGGAAGCAUAUGAUAUAUUGCUCCAACGGUGAGUAUACCAUCAGAAGUAUUCAAAUGAGCUUGAUCUUUUUUCCAGCUAUUACGCAGAAAUUGGCCACCGCCCAGGAUGUUUUACUGCUGAAUGGAAGAGCAGAGUCAUGGUUUGCAGUUCCAUUUUUUCAUUGUCAGUGGGACAUUUUUCAGACCGGAUUUAUCACAAAAUACGAAAGAGAUGUGUUCGAAAACGACCUCGGAGCUCUUUUCGAGAAACAGCUCGAGAUAAUGUCUGUUACGACGGCUGGUUGGACCGUCGCACACUACGAAACACCGCUGCUUAAGUUCAAGGAACUGAAGAAAAAGUGGAGGCGCGCGCUUCACCGUGAAAAUGUUAAUAAUUGAUUGAUAAUAAUCUUUUUUUACAAUGGAAACUUUCGUAACUCGAUUGCCCAUAUUUCUUUCCCCUUUUCACCCCAAAAUGAUCCUCUCAUUAGAACGCUUUUAAUUUGAUUUACUGUUGGCUUUCCUUUCCAAUUCGACGAUCCUCUGGAUUAAUACCCCGUUCUCCACAUGCACCAAAAACUUGUCACAUGACUUUCCUUAUACUUUUGAGAAAUCACGAUUAUAUUUAUAUGUAUUCAAUUCUAACGCGCUUCAUGUACCCUUUUCAUCCCGUUUUCUUCAUGUAAUAAGAGCGAUGAUUUUAUCAACAGUCUAUCUGUUACUUUUCAUAAAAUGCUCACAAACCCACUCAUAAUAACAAUUGUCUUCUUCCCAUAUGUUCAAAUGCCCAUUUCAAAUAUUUCCACCAACAAUUCGACGGUUUCUCUAAUUUCACAAUACAGAUGAACGAGCCGAAUCGCCCAGCUUCUCCCGCCGACGGGCAGCCUGAUGUGCCGCAGAACCUUGGUCCAGGACAACCGCCCAAUGCUCCCAGACAAUACGUUCUGCUUCCAUCGAACUACGUUCCACCUCUCAUGCCGUCUCGUCCCAUCAACAUGACAUGGCGAGAUCCAGACAACUACCCGAGGGCCGUUCGACAGCCACUUCCGAGUGAGUCAUUGAAAAAAGACAGAGAGGGAAACGAGUGCAUGAUUCAGGCGAAGUGCACAUUCCCUUCGAUAUUCUGAUAUACGACACGACGAACGGACCGAUGUUCUGUCCCCCGACGGUCAUUUCCGAAUAUUGUGUGACUCGCGACAGACAGUUGCAGUUGGGGAGAAUGGAUGCAAAAAUAUUCUACGAUAAAUACUUGUACGGCCGUCAGAACUACUCGCUCGAUCUGAACAUCGGCCUCGAGACUUUUGAUCCUAAAGUAGGCGAGGAAGGUCUCGGAAUACUUCUCGAAUGGAUUCGGAAAAUGUCUCCGGAAGGCGGUCGGCUGAAGAAAGCGAUCCACGAAGCGGAUUUCGUGUGCUGGAGAGGACUGCUCACGAAAGUGACGGCCACAAUUUACAACAAAGAUGACAGCUGGAAAAUCAAGGCCGUCAGGCGCAAAGGAGUCAUUUUCCUACUGGAAGAGAAGACGGAACAAGCAAAGAAACGGUAAAGAGCGUGAGAAAAGAGGAGGAAAACAAGAAGAAAUGUUGCAGAGAAGAAGAGCAAACGGACAUGGACAAGAGAAUGAGCUACUGGGGACACAAAUUCGAACAAUAUGUCACCAGAGACGAUGCCUCGGUAAGAGUGUUCAGCUUCUUCGAUGAAUGCUGACAAACGCUUGUAGGAAGAACCGGACACGUCGGUGCCGGUCACAACAAAGGAGGAGUUCGCUGUGGUGGCGAGGAGUACUCUCAUCACGGACCAUCGCCUCAAUCCGGACAAGAGAAGCGUCGGAAUCUUCUAUUCCGGAGAGGUCGACUGCAUCGACAAGCGCGGCGAAAUGAUCGAGCUGAAGACGCAAAAGGGCAUGUUUACCAACAAUUUCUGGAAAUCCGGGAAGGCGCUCAAGUGGUGGCUGCAGUCCUCGUUCGCGAACAUUGACAACAUCAUCGUUGGGCACAGAUCGGACGACGGACACAUUCGAGGACUGAGCGGUAUUCGUACGAAGGACAUGCCGCAGCGGUGCACGUGGAAAUUCCAUGCGUGCUUCGAGUUCGCAUCCACCGUUUUCACCUACGUUCUCAACUAUCUGGAAAAAGAGGGCGACGCGUGCAUCAUCGAGUACAACAGUGAAAAAGGCGUACACACUGGUAUUCACAUGAAGAGAGUGCCGUCCGAAGCGUGCGACUUCGUUCCUGCCGACUUUCUGGACAAGUACACCUGA